AAGUGCACAAAUAUUGUUGUGCACAAAUAUGGUUGUGCAAAAAGCAUCAUUCCUGAACUUAUAUCUGUGAAUACAGUUGAGAACACAGACUAUACAGCUAUAAUCAUGGAAGACCUUAGUGACAUGCAAUUUGAACCGCUUUAUGAAAUAUGGAGUAACCUAGAUGAAGAUCAGAAAACAAACUUGAGUAAGGAAAUAUGGGCUGCAUAUUUUGUGUUAAGGGAAGGUGGCUUCGUUCACGGCGAUUUAUGCUUGGGUAAUAUCAUGGUGCGAGCUGAUACCAAAAAUGGAAAAUGGACUGUGAAAUUCAUCGACUUCGAUUGGGCAGGCAAUGCUGGUGAAGUAAAAUAUCCCUUCUCACUGAAUACGGAUCUCCCUUGGCAUCCAGAUAUAAAGCCAUGUGUGAAUAUUCUUCCUGAACAUGACAAAGAUACAUUAGAAAAAAGCUUUCUAGAUAUGUUUUGA